ACUCGGGAGAGGCGAAGGUCGAGAGCCAUGCGUCCUCCGAAACACCACCAAGCCAAGCCGCUCUGCUUCUUGACACACUGCACAGCCAAACCAGAAGCACCAAUUUGUCAGAGGAAACACCGUACACCUGGCGACCUGGUCAGAGUGCACUGCGCCCGGCCCGCCACAGGAGUCACUAGUGCGCAAUAAGACAAGGAUAUCCCUGUCUGCCAAAUCCUCCCUAACCCGGAUGACGCUGGGCCAAUUGUGCGCCGCCCCAUGGGCCUCCUCCUUGAGAUGAGGAGGGGAGGGAGCUGUGAUUUGUUUGUGAGCAGUGAACAUAUGGCUGACAAGCAUUUCUCAUAGGACAUCACAGACAGGACAUGGGGUCAAACAUGCCUAUUAUCAAGAGGAGGGAGAGACAUGUCUGUAUCCUGCAGAGUCCAAUGGCCAUCCUGAUAUUAAUCAGUAUUUUGUUGUUGCCUGCACCAGCUGCAUCUGAGAAUGAAGUCACUGGGAUUAUAGGAGAGUCUGUUCUCCUGUCCUGUGACCUGAAAUCAUCCACGGCCAUCAACACAGCAAGACUCCGGUUCCAUUGGCAAGACGAGUCCGAAAGAGUGUUGUACUCGUUCAACAAAGGAGAAGAGAAUCAACAUCAGGAUAGCUUUUACACAAACAGAACUAAAGCCUUUCGGUCUGAGAUGAGUUCUGGGAAUAUCUCUAUCAAACUCAGCCAAGUAACACUUGAAGACAAGCAGAACGUCUACAGUGCUUUCGCUACACUGUUUGGCGAGAAUGAUAAGCAUAUCCACACGUGUCCCACUACCCUACUUGUGGCAGCACGGUUCCCGACACCCAGUGUGACUGUGAACAAGACAAAUAUGAAUGCCACGUGUUCAACCCAGAGGGGAUACCCACAACCAGUGGUCACAUGGACCAUCCAGGACCGGGGGAACCUCACUCUGGACCCGUGGGAAGUACAGACCAAUAUUACUCUGGAUUCUGAAAGUGGACUGUACAGCGUCUGGAGCCAAGUGAAUAUAACAGAACAUCAGACGGUGACCUGCCAUAUCUUCAACCCCGUUCUGAGAGAGACUGUGAGCAACACAACCAUCGUCAGCCCCAGCAUUAACACAGACCCUGCAGGUGUGGUUCAGGAAGACUUUACUCCCAUCAUUAUCACAAUAGUACUGAUCAUUCUAGUAUUGAUUCUGUUUUCCAUCGGGGGUUAUUUUGUGUACAAAAAACGUUGUGGAGCCAGCGGUGGAACCAUAAAAGUUGAAGGAAAUAACCAACAAAGAAAUGGUCAUGUUGAGACGGAGCUUUUGGACAGGUGUAGCCGGGAACCAGACAAUCUAGGGGCAGACUGAUGGGACAUUUCUUUAUAUACAGGUCCAUAAAUUGGACAUAUCGGUGUACUGUAUCCCAACGAAAUCUACCUCUUCUAAUUGGAAGUAUUUGCAUGUUUUUUCAAAUAUUUUCUUAUUAAUAGCCAGCUAUUAGAAAAGCGUUAGAACGUCUACAGUAGAAUAAUGAUAAAUAAUGUGUCUGGAAAUGUUCUACUGUAGAAGUUCUAAAUCAUGGGAGUAUUUAAAAAAUACAUUACAAUUUUAAAGUACUUCUUUAUUCAAAUAAAAAAAAUCCUAAUAUUUUCUCACAAAUGUUUUGGAAAGUACUUGAAAGGCCCUACAGUAAA